UGUUUCGGGGUCCCGUGGAGUGAGGGUGGAGUUUAUCAGUCUACGUCGGCGAUAUUUUGGUGCAGUGAUGAUGGUAAAGACAGAGCGUAGCGAGGCGGUGGCCGGAACGGACUCCGAUGGAACCGACCUCCUGGACUCCGAGACUGACGGCUCCGCCCCAGAGAGUCUGGGGGAGGGCAGCAAGAAGACGCUGAAGUCUCGGCGGGGUGCCAGGUCCAAGAGUCCUACACAGAUUCUCCGCAUAAAGAAGCACAGAAGACAGAAGGCGAACGACCGAGAGCGCAACCGCAUGCACACACUGAACGAGGCCCUGGACAAACUACGCUGCGUGUUGCCAACCUUCCCAGAGGAUACGAAGCUGACCAAGAUUGAGACCCUGAGGUUCGCACAUAACUACAUCUGGGCCCUCAGCCAGACGUUGAGUGUUGCCGGGGGUGGUGGCAAUCUUGACGAGCCUCUGACACUCAGUGUGGGCAACGUGACAGUCUGCAUCGGCAGCGACGGCAACAACAAGAUAACAUCAACUACAGGCAGUUGUGCUAUCGCUCAACAACGCAAAGUCCCCGGAGAUAAUCGUCUUGACACCCCUUCUUCAUCACCCUACAGCAAGCAGUCGCUCUCUUCCCCCUACAGGGACACUGCCUAUCCUCCUUCUCCAUUCCCCAAGAUGGAAUACCCUUACAAGGAGUCUACCAACCUCUACGCACCAUACCAGACUCCAAGCUUCCCCAACCCCCAGGUGCAGUACCCCGAGUGGGCCGUCGACCAGGACUCCACCACGAGUGACGUCAGCGAGUGGUGCUCCCCUGACCACAAACAGGAAUACCAACUGCCUCAACAGGAGUACCAGCCUCACACCUAUCCUGGGUUCCAGGGGUACCACUACAACCAAAUGUCCCAUCAAAGACAGCUGUUUCAGUGCUGAGGUUGAUUUGAGUUCUUGAUAAUUGGCUGAUUUUAUACGGAAUUUUUCAUGUGGUAUGGAAAAUGUGCUAUCAAUUGUAAUUUAAAUAUGAUUUUAUUAAUUCAAUUUUUUAACAUGCAUACACUUUUUGGUUGGUGAACAA